AUGAGCAGAUCCCGCUUUGUGCUGGAGACGGAUGAUGGCCUUGCGGAGGAUCCGAACGCAGCCACGAAGGGGACAGCUGGGGCGGAGCAUGGCCUGCCCCCCUUGGAGACCCCUUUCCAGAAGGAAGCCCCUCCCUCCCCCCAGAUCCGGGUGAAUCUGAAUUACCGGCCAGGACUCGUCCCACCGGAUGAUCCAAAUUACUUCGACAACAAGCGCAUUUUCCAAGCCGUAGUCGCGGGAGGCCCGGAACGGCUCAAUGGCCUGAGUAAUUAUCUGCGGAGAACGUCCACCUUUCUCACCGACACUCAAUUUAGAGAUGGGAAGACGGGGAAGACCUGUUUGAUGAAGGCCUUGCUCCAUUUGAAAGAUGGACAGAACCCCACUAUCCCUUUGCUCCUGGAGAUAGACAAGGAGACAGAAAACCCCAAGUCUUUGGUCAACACCGCUUGCACUGACAGAUGCCACAAGGGCCAAACAGCGCUCCACAUCGCCAUUGAGAAGAGGAACCUUGCUCUUGUGAAGCUCCUGGUGGAGAACGGGGCUCGUGUCCAUGCCGCGGCUUCUGGUCUUUUGUUCCAGAAGGACCACAAAAAGGCUCGCUUUUAUUUCGGUGAACUUCCUCUCUCCUUGGCUGCUUGUACCAACCAGCCAGAAGUGGUCAGGUACCUCCUGGAUAAACCUCACCAGAAGGCCAGGCUGACCGAGCAGGAUUCCAAGGGCAACACUGUCCUCCAUGCGCUGGUGAUGGUGGCCAACGACACGGAGAAGAACACUGAGCUCGUGGUCAACAAGUACGAUAUGAUCCUGAUGAAAGGGGCCGAGAUUGACCCUUCCUGCAAAUUGGAAGAUAUUAAAAACAUGGAACAGCUGACUCCUUUAACGCUGGCCGUCAAGACUGGGAAAGUCGAGAUUCUUAAGCACAUAUUCCAGCGAGAAAUGAAGGACCCCAAAUUCCAGCAUCUUUCACGCAAGUUUACCGAGUGGACCUAUGGUCCCAUCCAAGUCUCCCUCUACGAUUUGACCUCCAUCGACAGCGAAGAUGAGAACUCAGUGCUGGAGAUCCUGGCCUACAACAGCGACAUUCCAAAUCGGCACAAAAUGGUGGCCCUGGAACCCCUGAACAGGCUGCUUCGUUACAAGUGGGAAUCCUUCGUUAGAAAAAGGUUUUUCUUCAGCUUAUUCCUCUAUGGGACUUUCAUGACGAUCUUCACAGUCACUGCUUAUCACCACCCGCCAAAGCAUGAGUGUGAGCAGUGUGAGUAUAGUGUUUGA